CUUGGGAAAUGGCGAAUCAGGAAGCUGCAGAUGUAUUGGUUCCUAAGGAUAUAUCCUUUGAAGAUAUAGUUGUUGACCUUGACUUCCACCCUCAAAAGGAUGUUAUUGCCUCAGGACUUAUCCAGGGGGAGGUCUUCAUUCACUCUUAUUCAACCAGUGAAAAGAACCAUGAGUUAAUGACACUGAAGCACCACAAAAAGGCGUGUAGGGCUGUUAAGUUUAGUCCCAAUGGGGAAAGACUAUUCACAGCAUCCAAGGAUAAGUCAAUACAAAUGGUAGACCUCAAUACAGGAACUGUAGUUAAGAACAUACAGAAAGCCCAUGAUGAGCCCAUAUACAGUAUGUUGAUCUCAGAUGAGAACUUUAUAUCAUCAGGGGACGAUGAUGGUAACAUUAAAGUGUGGGACAUGAGAAGAGAGGGCUGUGUCUUUGAUAUAAAGGAGAAUGAUGACUACAUCAGUGAUAUGGCUAUUGAUAAACACAAAAGAUUUCUUCUUGCCACAAGUGGCGAUGGGACCCUUACAGCUUUCAAUGUACGCAAGAAAAAGAUGGAAAUGCAGUCUGAAUUAUUUGACUCGGAUUUACUCUCUGUCUCAAUUAUGAAGGGAGGAGAGAAGGUGAUUUGUGGCGAUGGGGAUGGCAGCAUCAAUAUCUUCAAUUGGGGGGAGUGGGGCAACAUGAGUGACAGAUUCCCAGGACACCCUGAGUCGAUAGAUUGUAUGGUAGCCAUUAGUCCUGAUGUUGUGUGUACAGGAUCAGUAGAUGGUAUAAUCAGGGCCGUCAACAUACUGCCAAAUCGAUUCCUAGGAAAUGUUGGUGAACAUGAUGGUUUUCCAAUAGAAAGUCUCAGCCAAUCUCAUGACUGUAAAUAUGUCGCUAGCUGUUCACAUGACCAAAAAAUAAAAUUCUGGAACAUUGAAGAAAUGGACAAAGAAUCUGAAAAGAUCGAUGUUCGCAAAAAGGCAACUAAAAAGUCUAAGGAAAAGACUUUAAACACGGCAGCAAACAGGGACGACUUUUUCUCAGGGUUUGAUGACAAUACUGGAGAUGCUGAUAACAAAGGAAGUGAUGAUGAGGAGAGUGAUGAAUAUGGUAGUGAUGAUAUUGAAGAUGGUGACAGUAGUGACGAUGAAGAGAUUAGUGAUAAUGAUGAAAAUAGUGAUGAGGAUGAAGGAAAUAGUGAUGAUGAUGAAGCAAAUGAGAAUGGGGUUGAAGGAAAAUGA